AUAUAUGACAUAGCUUUGCUCCAGGAGGACGAAGUAGUCUGCUGUCUCUUCCGACUACACACACAAGCGCUAUGGAAGAACUCGAUAGAUUGCAGCAAGCUAUGCAGCUGCUGCACUGGAAACGGCCGGAGUCCGUGCCAUUCCCGAGCGUCCAGAAACGCUACGUCGGACGGAGACCCUUGAAAGGAGCCAGUGGCGACUCCCCGCCCACCUACAUCAUCCAGGAGGUGCCCGACGACCGGCAGGAGGAAGCCAUGCGCCUCAUGGCCGACGUCUUCUUACGCGAAGAACCCCUCACUGCAGCGUUUGGCAUAAGAGAUGACCCAGAGGCACUCGAGGAGAUACGUUUGAUGUGGCAAGUACUGCUGUCCCAGCGAGUGAGCGUAUGCGCCAUGCUGGAGCGUCCAGACGGGAGUGCGGGACCGCUGGUUGCGGUCAACAUCCUUAUGGUCAGCACGCCGGGCCCGGACCCCACGCCACAGAGUGAAAGGCUGCGGCGCGUAGUGAGUGUGGUGAGGAAGUUCGAGGCGCUGGUGCAGCCGGACGUGUUCGAGCGCUUCGGCGUGCCCGAGUACCUGUCGGCGGUGGGGCUGGUGGUGGCCCACGGGCACCGCGGCCAGGGGCUGGGCGAGCAGCUGCUGCGAGCCCGCUGGCAGCUGGGAGGCGCCCUGGGGCUGCGGGCCACCGCCACCAUGUUCACGGGGGCCGCGUCGCAGCUGCUGGCGAGUCGCACCGGCUUCCACACGCUGGCCGAGGCCAGGUACGCCGACCAGGAGGACCCCGCCGUGCGGUCCAUCACCGGCGCCAGCUGCAUGAAGAUAAUGGCCGCCGCCUUAGAGUGACCGCUACUGGAAUAAUUGCGAUGUCAAGAACCAGCACACUACGCAAUGUUUGGCUUGUACAAGGCUGAUUCAAAAAUUAAAUUAAUAGCACCUAUUACGGACAGGAACUAAUCUCCUCAGUUAAACAAAUAUACUAUUACAUAUUCA